GCUUCUGGAAAAGACGUAACGUACCUUCGCGUUCUUUCCCUACUUCUCUCUCACAUGUGGGCUUCCUUCCUCCAAUUCUCCACCGUCCCUCUCUUUCUCUCUCUUCUCCAUCCUCAUCCUUCAAAUCUUCAAUCCGAACCUUCUAGAACUCCCAUUCUUCUCUCUCUCUCUCUCUCGCGCGCGAACGGAUCUGCUUUGUCUUUCUGCUUUAGGAGCUCCGGCGAUGGGCCCGACGCCGACGGAGCAGAACGGGGAGCCGGCGUCGCCGGCAGGUGACUUGCAGAGGUCUCUCCCGACUCCAUUCUUGACCAAAACUUAUCAGCUGGUGGACGAUAGCACAGUGGACGACGUGAUCUCGUGGAACGACGACGGAUCUACGUUCGUCGUGUGGAAUCCUACGGUUUUUGCCAGGGAUUUGCUUCCUAAAUGUUUCAAGCACAACAAUUUCUCCAGCUUCGUUCGACAAUUGAACACAUAUGGAUUUCGGAAGGUAGUACCUGAUCGGUGGGAGUUCGCGAACGAGUGCUUUAGGAGAGGCGAGAAGCGUUUGUUAUGCGACAUAAAGCGUCGGAAAAUCUCGUCAGGUUCUCCGGCGGUGACGGUGGGGGCGAUUCCUGUUACGCCAUCGUCAGUGUCCCCGGGGUGUUCCGGCGAAGAGCAAGUCAUGUCAUCUAACUCGCCCCCGGCCUUGUGCCGGGAAACGAGUUGUGGCAAUACAGCGCAGUUGAUGGACGAGAACGAACGGUUGAGGAAAGAGAACAUGCAGCUCAACAGAGAAUUGUCGCAGAUGAAGAGUCUUUGUAGCAAUAUUUAUGGUUUGAUGUCGAAUUACGCAAACAAUCAACCGGAAACCGGCUUUCCGGAAGCGAGGGCGCUCGAUUUAUUGCCAGCGAAGCUGUUUCCGGAUGAGUCGGGCGGCGACGGGAGGAGCGCGGAGGAGGCGGCUAGUGCGCGGUUGUUCGGUGUUCCCAUUGGUGUGAAGCGGACGAGAGAAAUAGGCGAGGCUCUGGUGGCGGAGCAUGAGCCGGAGCUGCGGCUGUAUCGGCCCGGGGCCGAGGUAAAACAAGAGCCGCUGGAUCAGCAUCAUCGUCAUCAUCAUCAUGAGGAUGACGACGGCCACCGUCGCGACCAGAGCGGCGAUAAUCAAGAGGCGCCGUGGCUGAGGCAGUGUCAGCGAGCCAAUCAGAGGGUGUGCAACUGACGGUGGUCGGAGGGGACUGGACGACGGCCGAUGGUGGUUGUCCGUACAAGGGGAGGCACGUGCCGAAAUGGGCGGGUGCAGGAAGAGGCACGUGGCAACUAGGUCGCGUGCUUCGGGAAGCCUUUUGAGUUUUGGGUUGGGGUGAGGAUUGGAUUGGGAAAAGUGGGUUCAGAACUUUCUUAGUCUUUCUUCCCCCUUCUUUUUCAAAUGGAAAAAGUGGAUUUUUCCCACCUAAAGAAUCUUAAUAGAGCAUAGUUUGUCCGCUUUCAUCA